CAGGUACGAGGGAUCCGUUAUUUGUUACAUAGACGCCUCACCUUUCAAAAGAAACCCUGGAGAAAAAACUGCAGCCAUGAGAGCCUGCUUCGGCUCCGUCCUCCAUCCCACAACCGCUUCACCUCCUCUCAGAUCACUCCACCACCCUGCCAGACCCCUCUCUCGUCUCUACGUUCCUCGGAUUAAGAUAUCCUUGGCGACAUGGACGAACCAAAUCCAAAGAAAUCGAGUUCUCAAAGAAGCCGUGGAGGUGGAGACCGGCGCUCUGGAGGAAGUCCCAGAAGGCGGCAGCGAGAUUGGUGUUAAUAGAUUUCCACUGGAGACCAAAGAGGAUGGUUUAUAUUCGCCGCCUAAGGUUUCUAACAGGAAGAAGAAGAAGAGGCCCGAGGAAAGUGACAGCGAGUACGAUAGGUACAAGCUGCGCAAUGGCAAGGAGGUCUUUGAAGAAAAAGCAUACCUAGUUGGAGUUGAAUGUAAAGGUAGUACAGGGGAUACCUUUGGUAUUGAAGAAUCACUUGAGGAGCUUGCACAAUUAGCUGAUACCGCUGGACUUCGAGUUGUUGGGUCUACUUAUCAAAAGCUUGCUUCACCAAAUCCAAGGACUUAUAUUGGUUCUGGCAAGGUUGCUGAAAUCAAGAGUGCAGUUCAUGCUCUCGAUGUUGAGACUGUAAUUUUUGAUGAUGAGUUGUCCGCCGGACAACUGCGUAACUUGGAGAAGGCAUUUGGUGGGGAUGUACGGGUAUGUGAUCGAACUGCUCUCAUCCUGGACAUUUUCAAUCAAAGGGCUGCAACACAUGAAGCUGCGUUACAGGUUUCUUUGGCACAAAUGGAAUACCAACUUCCCAGGCUGACAAAAAUGUGGGCUCACCUGGAACGUCAAGCAGGAGGCAAGGUUAAGGGAAUGGGUGAGAAACAAAUUGAAGUGGACAAGCGUAUAUUACGCACUCAAAUUGGUGAGUUGAGAAAAGAGUUAGAAUCUGUCCGGAAGCAUCGGAAGCAAUAUCGUAAUCGUCGCUUAUCUGUGCCAGUUCCUGUUGUGUCUUUGGUUGGAUACACAAAUGCUGGAAAGAGUACACUUUUGAAUCGGUUGACUGGAGCUGAAGUUCUUGCAGAGGAUCAGUUAUUUGCGACAUUAGAUCCGACUACGAGAAGGGUCCAGAUGAAAAAUGGGAAUGAAUUCCUUCUGACUGAUACUGUAGGAUUUAUUCAAAAGCUACCCACUAUGCUGGUUGCUGCAUUCAGAGCAACAUUGGAGGAAAUAUCUGAGUCAUCACUUCUGGUUCAUGUUGUGGAUAUUAGCCAUCCAUUAGCUCAGCAACAGAUGGAUGCUGUCGAUAAGGUUCUACAAGAAUUAGAUGUGGCAUCAAUUCCAAAGUUGGUUGUGUGGAAUAAGGUUGACAAGACUGAUGAUCCACAAAGAGUAAAAAGUCAAGCUGAAAAACAAGGUGUAAUUUGCAUAUCAGCGAUAAAUGGUGAUGGCCUAGAGCAGUUCUGCAAUGCAAUUCAAACAAAACUUAAGGAUUCGUUGGUACCAGUUGAAGCUUUUGUUCCAUAUGACAAAGGGAUGCUCCUAAAUACCAUACAUCAAGUUGGAAUGGUGGAGGAAACAGAAUAUAUGGAGAAUGGGACUGUAGUGAGAGCACAUGUGCCCCUUCCACUUGCAAGGUUGCUCACACCAAUGAGGCAACAUGUGGCUUCAGGUUGCUGAAUACAUAACAGGCUUAUGCUUUCUCUGAUAGUUUUUUUCCGGUGUUCUUCUCAUGCCAUCAUGUUUGCAAAUUGUGAUAGGCAGUAUUUUUUUUUUUUGUACAUAUGUAUCCCAAAAUGUAGCCUAAGAACUUGAUUUUGUUGUAACAUUAUACUCAUGUAGAUAAAACUAAAUAUAUCUAAUUGAUGGCAUGAAAUUUUAUUAGUAUUUUGAGCCAA